UCACCUGAGGCACGGAAGCAAUGAAGUUCAGCCUGAACCCAGUCGCACUCUCAUAUCGAAUACGCCAGAUGGGCGAUCCCAGAACACGGGACUACCCAUUAGUGACAGACCCCCUCUUCGUGUUCACACUACUGCUGUCCUACUUGUACUUCGUCAGGGUCGCCGGACCUCGGUGGAUGAAGAACCGCGAGCCUUUCCGGAUCCUCCACGUCGUGCGCGUGUACAACCUCGUCAUGGUGUUCCUCGCGGUGAAGUUCCUCGUCGACGUGCUCCCGCUCACCUACCUUCCGGGCGGAGAGUACAGUCUCUGGUGUCAGGGUAUCACGGGUCGCACGAGCGACGCCAUGCGCGGGUACUACCGCACCGGCUGGGUGUACGCUGCGGCGCGCUACUUCGACCUCCUGGACACGGUGUUCUUCGUGCUGCGCAAGAAGUUCACCCAGAUCACGCACCUGCACGUCGUACACCACACCAUUGUGGUGGCCAACACGUGGCUCUUCACGCUCUUCGCUCCCGAAGGUCAGCCGGCUCUGGGCGUGUGUCUGAACACAUUCGUGCACGCCGUCAUGUACUCGUACUACUUCCUCGCGACGUUCGGUCCUGCGGUACGGAAGUACCUCUGGUGGAAGAAGUACCUGACGACGUUCCAGAUUGUGCAGUUCUUGAUCAUAAUCGCUCACAUGUCUGUACCGCUGUUCGUGGACUGCGGCUUUCCGAAGCGCUUGACACUACUUUGCAUCGCCCAGACGUUCAUUAUUCUUUGCUUAUUCGUAAAUUUCUACUCUCGCACGUAUCUGAAUAAGCCCGAACGCUCGGUUCUUCGCCAGCAAAACGAUUCGGACGGUAAGACUGCUGAGAUCAUACAGAGCGGGAAAACUGACUGAACGGAGAGAAAAGUAAGCGCUCGGUAUGGGUUAUCUUAUAUUUUUGCACGCAUCAGCCCCGUUCUUCAUUGGCAUUGGCUUUUUUUUUUUUCGGGGGAGGGGGGGGGGGGUAAGGAACGUACAGUCGGCGGCAAAAGUUUAAAGACCACUAGGCCUGAGAAAACUGACUUUCCCAGCAAUUUGUGAAUGUAUUCGGUCGAACUGCACUGUAUAUGUUGCCGGUUAGUUUUAGAAUCGAAAUCUAAAUUCAAGGACGCUGACGAAGCAGCGGGAAUAUUCAGCUUCAUCUUAUACCUCGUGAUCCGUAAACUUUUCCGCGGUGGUUGCCUCUCAUGCUGCAGAUAAUACUGCUGGAAGUAAGCAUCCCUAUCGAAGCACAGCUGACAGUCAGUAGCGGGUACCGGGCAAGCAUUUGGUGCUUUCAACACAAACAUGUUUAGUUUGCCUUUAUGAUGGUUGUUUCUUUACUUGUUUCCUUAUCUUUUCAUUCUUUUUUCCUUCCCCUUUGUUUUUUCUCCGCCGUUGACAUCGCCCGACACAUAAAGCACAUAUACAGCAAUUACAACAACAAAGGAAUCGUUAUGUGUCCUUUCCUUUCACAGCCCUGCUCGUGACGUCUUGCAGACUUUUCGACGUAUAUAGGGAAUACAAGGGAGCGCGGCAACCUUCACAUUAUCAUUAAUGAAGCUAGUUCACGCCUAUUUACCUGAAACUAUC